AUGGUCUCUUCCUCCGGCCCUGUCAACUACGAUAUAUCAUUGCUAGCGCCUGUGGACUACAAAUACAAUACUGUAGGAUACCUCGUUCCGGACGGUAUAUCCAAGGUGAUUGGUGGCAAGAUUCGCAAACCACAGCAAGCCCAUGUUCACCAAUUUCUCUGGCCGCUGUUUACGCCUCCGUACGGGACGUGGCUAUAUGGUCGGUUCUUCUACGAGUACCUGGUCGAAGUAGUCUUGAUCGCCUUGCUGCUGGUUCCUUUCCUCACACUUCUGCCGUCUGGGCUUUUCAAGCUCCUUGCGCGGCUAAAAGGUUCAAAAAGGCCUCAAAAUAAGGACUGGCGACCAUGGACAUUCAACUCCACAUAUUUGGCUUUUAUCAGCUGCAUCACAGUGGGCCUCAUCGCCCUCGUUGUAUUCCUUCAGUGGAGGAGCCAGCAGCCAGAUCCGCUUGUCCAGCACUGGUCUGGUGGCUCCGUCUCCAGCGGGCCCUGGACAGGGGACCCAUUCAACUCGAGAAUUAUCAGGUCGCCAACGUUCGACCGACCGCCCCGGGGUCUUUGUCGUUUUACUAUAACUCUCGAUGGUGUUUGGAGCCAGAAGAACGGAGCCCAAAGAUUAGGUCGUGGCGUCUACUCGGCCUUCACCUAUCUUCCAAUGCUCUUGGCGGUUCUUUACGGCCGCAUGUGGAAGGUUCUUGACGACGACAUCAAGCGCAUUGACAUGUAUUAUCGGCUGCAAAAGCCAAACGGGACGACAGGUGACCGGUCUUUGUGUCUUAAUUACCACACGUUUUGGGCGCCGCUGAGCCACUUCCAGACCUCAGAUACCGGCUUUGUCUUCUGCUGGGAAGUGUACUCUGGCGCCGCACUUGACUGGCCAGAUACGUACUCCUGGCAGGUAGCUCUCGUCGAGCACGGUUGGGCUUAUAAACUAAUCGGGGCCUUGGCUGUGGCGGAGAAUUGCUGUCUGGUCCUCUUCAUUCUCAUUCACUCGCAGAAGACUGGUCUUUCCGGGGGCGUCAGAGGCAUUGCCGGCCUAGUGGAUCUCCUAGAAGAGUUCGAUGCUGCUAGCUUAAAGUUGCCGUCCAGCUCCAGCAGCUUGUCACUCUCGAAGAUAGAGGAAAAGUUCGCAUCCUCAGAAUUUCACCUCAUCGACGGCAAGCUCAAGUGGAAGUACGGCAUUUCAAUCGAUCCAAGGGUUUACCAGAUCGUGGGUAUUUUGGUCCAGUUAAUCGUCGACGUGAUCGACCACGCCGUGCGAUCCCUUGCGCCAUUUUACGCUCUCGCGCAGGACUACCCGCAGGACUACCAUCGUCUCAAUAUUCUAUGGGCAGAUUACACCAGCAAUAUACCACCAUGGGAGGCCUGA